AGAGAGCCCUGAGAGAAACGUAAACCGUCCAUAUUACUGCUGCUUUGUCAGCGCUUUCCAUGGUGAUGGACCCUCCCGGUGGGCGAGACGAACGGCGGAGGCAGGCGGAGCGUCUUCGACGGGAGGAAGCCUACUAUCACUUCAUUAAUGAACUGAGCGAAGAGGAAUAUCGCCUGAUGAGAGACAGUAACCUGCUCGGCACCCCUGGGGAGGUAACUGCGGAGGAGCUCCGUCAACGCCUUGAUGGAGCGAAGGAGCGUGUGUCAUCUCAGCCCCGUCCUGAACAGCGCACGCAGCCCACCGAGUCUGGAGACCAGGAGGGCAGCAGUGGUGAGGGAGAAGAGAGAGGCGCCGGUGGGAGACGAGGUGGAGCCGGGAUAGGGGCUACAGAGCCAGGAGCAGAAACCUCUAAUGGUGACUCGUUACUAGAGUGGCUGAACACUUUCAGACGUACUGGAAAUGCCACUCGAAGUGGGCAGAGUGGCAACCAGACGUGGCGUGCCGUCAGCCGGACCAAUCCUAACAGUGGAGAAUUCCGCUUCAGCCUGGAGAUCAACAUCAAUCAUGAGCAGCCUGAGCCGGGGGAGCACAAUGACGCCUCAGACCCUGCGGAGCUGUCCAUGGCAGCUCCGACGACAACUUCAACUUCUAUACGUACUGCUUCUUACCUCCCCAACCCCCGUUCUUCAACGUAUAAUACACAAAGGCCGGCCCCAUACCCUUCUCCCCGCCCAGCCCUCAGUAGAAGGGCCCAGACACGUCGCACACGAAGCAGUGCCACCACCCCUCCCCUAAGUCCCCCAGCCCUUCCCACACCAGUGGUUCCCCCUGCCACAGUUCAAAGGAGGGGUGUGGCCUUGCCCUCUUCACCACCGCCUUCUGUUGCUCCCUCUACCCCUCAUCACCAAACUACCCCCUUGCAACAUCAGGCCCUGAAUGCAGCAUUAGAGCACGGACGUGAUGAGGUGACUGCCUCUCUGGACUGUCCGAAUGUGUUGCCCCAGGAUGGCUCCCAGGCACCUUCAGUGGGGAGGGAGUCGCGUAGCAGUAGGACUCGAUCUCGCGGACGAAUCCGUAGAGCUGGGGGUGGGACUUCAUCACGCUCGUCUCGGCGAAGCCGUUCCCCGCUUCACAGAACACCUGUCCCCAGUUCCACUCCGCUGUCCACCAGUGGUGUCAGUGGCUCUAACGUCCACCUUACUGAGCCAGACAAUGGAACUAGCUCUGUUUCCAUGGAGACAGGGGAGGCCGUGACUGAGCCUGCUGCUAUCACCGAGCCAGCCACAGAGGCAGGAGAGCAUGAGGGGGAAUCGCAUGUGGCUGGGGCAGGUGGCGCUGGAGUACGCCGACAUCCAACCAUCAUGUUGGACCUACAGGUGAGAAGGAUUCGGCCUGGGGAAAACCGGGACCGGGACAGCAUUGCCAGCAGGACGCGUUCCCGUGCCCGGGUUGCUGAAAAUACAGUCACCUUUGAAAGUGAUAGUGGUGGAUUCAGACGCACCAUCUCCCGCUCAGAGCGAGCUGGGAUCCGCACCUAUGUCAGCACGAUCCGGAUUCCACUGAGGCGCAUCAGCGAGACGGGGCUGGGAGAGCCCAAUUCUACAGCCUUACGCUCCAUCUUGCGCCAGAUUAUGACCGGUUUUGGAGAGCUCAGCUCCCUGAUGGAGACAGAGGCUGACUCUGAGACUGGAGCAGCCAGCCACCCAGAUGCCAAUGGGGCCAACACAGCCACUGGGCCAGCCUAUCGUCUUCAUGGAAAUGAAAAUGCAGGCAGCCAUGGUGGUGCAGGUGGGGGGGAUCAGGAGAGGGUAGGACUAGUAGGCCUUGAAGAAGACCAGGGGGGUCAGGCCAGGUUAGGUGGAGGCAUUGUGAGUCCAAUUGAGGGCCGUGCUGCGAGUAGAGACACCAACAACCUGGUAGAGAACGGCACUCUGCCAAUUCUGCGGCUGGCACAUUUCUUCCUCCUGAAUGAUGAGGAAGAUGAGGAACACCCUCGUGGCCUGACCAAAGAGCAGAUUGACAAUCUGGCCACACGCACCUAUGGCCAGGCCAGCCUGGAAGGGGAGGUGGGUCGCGCAUGUAGCGUCUGCAUUAAUGAGUAUGCCCAGGGCAACAAGCUGCGUCGCCUGCCCUGUUCCCACGAGUUCCACAUCCACUGCAUUGACCGCUGGCUCUCUGAAAACAACACCUGCCCCAUUUGCAGGCAGCCCAUACUUGCAGUGCAUCAGGACUGACCCCCCCACUUCCACCACCAACAACAACUUAAACCGUUUGUUCACAAACCCAACUAUCAUGCUCCCUGCUGGCCGAACUUAGUGUGCCCAAAUUGUACAUAGCGCUUUCAUGGUUUAAUUCCAUUCAGAACAUCCAUUGUAUUCAAGCUGAAGAAAGGACCGAAAGCGGGGAGGUGGGAAAAAAACAAAACAAAAACUAUAAGCGCAGAGAAUUAACAAAACUUUAUUUUUUUAGACUCUUUAUUUUCGGCACUUUUUCAUUUCCUUUUUCCUGUAACUUCCCUCGGGCUUCUUCAUCACAAUCCUUCAGAAGCCCACAUCAGUGGAUAGCACCGAUGCUUAAUGGAGCUCCUGUAGCUGCUGCUGACUGGUCCGAGUUUAUCUCUUCAAAUCUGUGAUGCCUGCUUGUCACAAAUGGACUAUAGCAAUCCCUUGUUGUCUUGAUUUAAUUAGUAUAUGAUGUAAAUAUUUCACCCACGCUUGUGUUUAAGGGUUUUAAAAUGAGGUGUAUUUCAUUCACUUUCUCUUUUUAAGUGGAAGCAGAAAAACCUUCAAUCUUUGAACAGCACUCAUUUCAGUCCUCUGUUUGAAAGCUGAAUUUUAAGUGUCAAUAAUCGUUCGCAAAAAGAUUCAGGCAUGGUUUUUUUUGUUUUUUUUUUUGUUUUGUUUGUUUUUUUUUGUACGUGUUUGAUUUUGCAUUUUUGUUCAGUUUCUAAGGUGGGCUUUUCAUUUGUCCACCCUUCUCCAUUUGCCUCCUUUCUAUUCUGACAGCAGACAGUGUGAUAUUUAGUUCCUAAGACCAAAUUUGUUGAAGUUCACUCAAACACCCACAGACCUGAGCGGUACGGUUUGAAUGGAACACCCAAGGCAAAGGAUAAUCAGGAAAUCAUUGAAGUGAAUUAGCAGCAGGCACUUAAGUAUAUCGUGAAAGUAGUUUUCACCAUAGUUGAAAUGUGCAAUAAGGGUAGAACAGACAGCAUUUUCCAUGUGGUCCUAUUCAAUGUCGUUCAUGCCUGAAGGUGCUCCGUGUAAAAUGAAAUGUAAUUCUAACCUCUAUCGCAAAUCAGUCUCCAUCCUUUUAAAAGAAUAAAAUCACUGUUCUAACUUAACUCCAACCCGAAUGCACCUCAGAAACACACAGGGAUUUGGUGAGGCCUUUUAACCCUUUGCUCCAGCUUUGCCUCUCGGUAUGCCUUCUCCCUCUGUCCCAAACAGUGAACAACAGACAGCUCUUCUUUUAUGACAUCUCAUUUCAGGGACAUGUCCUUUUCGAUACCGUUGAUACACCCGGAUAAGACCAUGGCAGCAGAAAGCCAUAUGCUCUUUUUGUUUCACCUCAUCAUGCAGACAUGUUAUAUCUACGAUACCAUGUAUGGAUUGUUGGUGUGUAACAUCUAGUCAGUCAGUCCCAUCCCAGGCCAUAAUGUGCAACUAUGAUUAGGAGUCGGGAUAACUAAUGCAGGAUCGCAGUUACCACAUGAGCUGUGUGAGAGAUUGGGUAAGUGUGUGUAAAUAUAUAGGUUUGUGUAUGUUUGUAUGUAUGGAUGUGUGUGUGUGUGUGUGUGUGUGUGUAUGUUUGUGUGAGGAGUGUUUGUGCGUGUUGAAAGCUGAAGGAUGUGACUGCCCGGAAUGUCCCAUUAACAUGGUUCUCAGUAAGCAUCGAUUCCUUGAAUGUUCACCGGAUAGAGCUGGAAAUGGUCGUGGGCGCCCAAUUCAGACGUGAAUAUUUAUUCUGUUCCUAUUUAAUAAGACGAGAGAAAAAGAAAAAAAAACCAAGAAUUAUGAGUAUGUAUUAUGUUACAAUGUUAUGAGAAUAAAUAGACCAUUAAGAUGAAUAUGUAUUAUGUUAAUAUGUAAUAUUGACAUGGGUUUUCUUCUCUGCUCCCUAACAGAAUAAAGUACAGCUUUGUUAU